ACACACGAGAUUACCUGUGACCUGUGAAGUAAAAGAAAACACAAAAUUAUAAAAAAUUUAUUUUGAUGAAAGAAAAUUCAAAUUUUGUGUUCAUUAUUGUUUUUCACUUAAGUGUUGUUUACAAACUGGGCUAAAUGUAUUGAUUUAUAAUUACUAAUUUUCAGCUACGUUUAUUUCAAAACUUCCAUGGAAUCUCAGAGUCUAUUAGGAUCUCACAAUACUGCUUUAAAUAGCAGUGGAAGUACUGCAACCGUCACAGAUGAAGAAUGGACCGAAGAAUCCAGUAACAGUUCUUAUUCGGAUUCGGACAGCACAAUUCCAGAAUGGGAACCCUAUGUAGACGACUUCACUGGAGAGUUGUUAUAUAUAGAAUGCCAUCCAUUCGUUGUGCAAAAUAAAGACAGUAAAAUAAAUAAAGUCGCAACAUCAGAACCACUUACUAGAACAAACCUGAGACGAAGUACUAGGGGAAAGUUUUUAAAACUUUUAAGGAGACGAGAUAGUAAAAGAAAAAGUAACAAAAAUCAUAAAUCAGUGGAUAUUAGUGAGACAAAUACUUCUAAGGUGAAAUUUCAGGAGCUACAUGAAGGAGAAGAGAAAGAGGUAAUGUUGGAAAUAGAUGCUGAGAACCGACACAACCUUAGUAGUGAUAAAUCUUUAGCAGAAUCUUUACUAGGACUGAUUGUAAGCACAUUAUCUGAUGGAAACAGGGUAAUGAUUGCUGGAUUUUCAUAUGACAGCAAAGCGAAACAGGAAAGGAACAUAAAAAUUGGUGACUGGUUGAAAAGUAUCAACAACAUUGAAGUAAAUGUUCAAAAUUUAGAUGAUAUUCUCCAAAAAUUUAUAAAUAGGGAUGAAGUUCUCUUGAAGUUACAAAGAGUUGCUGGAAUUGAAGUUACAAAAGAUCCUCCUAUAAAUGAACUGAAUAUAGAAUCUGAUUUUGUUAGGGAACUGCUAAAUACCAAGUCAGAUGAAGAACACAUGCUUUUUCAAGCUCUGUGUAAUCAUCCAGUUGGUGUUGUUUAUAUUAAUACAGAAAAUCUUAGUGAGAAUAAUCAAAAUAAUGAAGAUGUUACAUACUGCUUUCCUAGACCUUUACAGAAAAAUAUUUUAGCUACUUCCAGAGGUAUGUUCAUAACAAUUAAUCAUUUAUUGUUUGACUUAACAAAAAGUAGACCCAGAGUGACCACCAUUAAAUGCAAUGGUCAGUUAACCAAUGUUGUGUUCACAAAUGAUGAAAAAAACCUAUUACUCCUUAUGUUGCCAGACAACCGAGUCUCGAAACAAGAAAUAUUGUUGUUAAAUAAUGAAAUUAUUAGAUUAUUAAAAUUCUGCUAUGAAACUAUUGACAAAUGUUUCACAACUGAAAAAUACCUCCCUCAAGUAGACCACUUCUUUUCAAAAUUUUUUGCAAGAACUCUUAGUAGUGGUUUGUGGAGCACAGCACAACAAUCUUUGGCUUUGGAAAACCUAGAAUCAAAAGCAAAAGAAGUCAGCCCCUGUCAGUUUGAGGACUUGAUGCCUGUUGCACCUACUUUGUGUCUGCCUGAUGAGGCUCAGCUUCAGAUAGAUGAUGCCUUAUCAGAAUUAGAGGCAAGUGAUUAUAGAGACUGGAAUGAAGACCCAUUAGACUGUCAAAGACUGUUCACGGUUCUGGGCAGUGCUCUCUUUCAUUCAGGAUACCUGUUGGCAUCACAUUUUAUUCAUGAAGAUUUGAUAGAUGUCUUUUGUUUCUGCAAACAGCAAGGAUUAUUCCAUUUAUCAAGAACAGAACCUAUAAAAUCGCUUGUUCUUUGGAAGGAGGUAUUUCCAUCGUCUUGCAACAAAUUGGAAAAUACAAAAAUUGUUAUUCCUGAAGGAAGAAGGUAUUUGUUAAUAGUGGAAAGUGGAAAAGAUCUACUAGCGGUGAUAAUGGAAGCCGGAGGUUGUACAGAACCAUCUGAAGAAAACAUGGGCCCUGAUGCAUUCUAUGUAGAAGAAGCGCAAGCUACUUUAGCUCACAUCCAAGAAUUAGGUUUGGGAGAACUGGCUGAAAGACUGUUAUCCUUAGAUCCCAACCCCCAGAUAGCUCAACCGUUACCACAAAACAAUAGAAGAAAAAGCGAUUUCAUGAACUUAGGCUUUUCUAAGAGUGGACUGGCAUCCGGAAAGGAUUUAUCUAUACUGCCCAAAAAGAACGAAGUGACAUCAAUUCUGAAGAAAAGAAGCACCGAUAUUAACUUUGUGGUACCUUCUGGCUCUUCUAGUUCCUUGCAGGAUGAUUCCUUCGACGGACAAUCGGAGGGUUCUGGAAGUCAAGGGGGCUACAGCGAAAUAAGCGACGAUUCCAGAAAGAAUUUCAAAAAAGAUACGAAGUUUGAUUCUAAUGAAGAAGAAUCAGAUACUGAUGAAUAUGGGGAAGGUAGUCAGGUCAGCGUUGCCAGUUUUGACGUGUCAGAAAUUCGUCAGUACAUUUUAUCCGAGAUGGAAGGCUUCCAACCUGUACAGCUCACUGCCGGAAGUGAAAAAAUUUUAUACCACUUCGUCCAGUUGAACAUUUCUGAAGGGGUAUUAUUAUGCCCGCCUGAAACUCAAAAUCCAUCACCAACAUUCAGUUUUAUACUGAAUAAUUUUAGAAAUAGCUGCCUCAAGAUCCAUUUUCUGUUCCAAAACACAGUGAGAUUCAAGAAUAUACCAGCUCAAGAUGUUGCAAAAUCUGUUAUUAACAAAAGCCUGAUUUCUAUAAAAGAACAUGGUAUAUUAUUCGAAUGUCCUUUCCUGGACGAACAAGAUAGCAAGAAAAAUAAAAUUAGAUAUUGGGUUGUCGGGAGACUCUUUUACAUGCCACAGCCUAAGGAGCUCUAUGUAUGUUACAGAGACGGCAUCCCCCAAAAUAUGGUUGAAAUAGCUUUUAAGUUAAAUAUGCGGACUGUAACUUGAUUGUGAGUCUAAUCAAAUAAUUGCUAAAAGUAUUAUUUAUCACAAAAUUAGGGUAGAUAUCUAAAAGACUUAUAUACUGUAAACCCUGCUAUAAUAUAUAUUUUUUUAAAUUUGUAUUAAUUUAUGUAUUAAUUUACAAUUAAGCGAUUUUAGAAAAUAA